AGGAGUGUUGAAGCAGAAAGGGGAGGCAGACGGGGACUUGGGCAGAUGCACUGGGAGCACUGGUUCUUUCUCUCUGAGGAGACUGUACACACUGCAGGACAUGGUUGACAUUGACACAGAGAAAUGGCUGGGAUCUUGCUUACAGGACUCGUGCUCCUCUUGUUGGAGGUGAUAUGUGAUGGUGAGCCAACACAUGCUGGGCCAGAAACAAUGGAGCAGCCCCAUGAGCAAGUCAAACUCGUCCAUCCUACAUCACAAUGGGUGCUGAAGUUGUUUAACGACUCGCUGCCCUUUUCCAGAGCUGAGAGUUUCUGCAGGGGUCAGUUCAGCUCUCUGAUCACCCUGGAACGGUCAGAGGACGAGAAGGAGACCGUCGAGUUCCUUCAGCAGGCUGGACUUCGCUCUCCAGUCUGGGUUAAAGAUCACCCCAGAGCAGAAUCCAAGCCUGUAGCUCUCUCCAGGCAAUAUUUGGAGUUCUCAGUGCUAAAAUUUCCAAAGGAAUCCCAUGAAGGCUUUGCUCGUGUCAAUGUGUCUUUUCCUGCCAUGUCGUCUGUCAGCGUGUGUGUUCGAGUUCAGUGGGACACAGAGUGGACUGAUGUAUCAACAGUCUUCUCCUACGCUGCACCUGUCCUGACCAAUGAGUUCCAACUGCGAGGCCGAGUGGACACGCAGGGUCGUAUCCACCUGGCCCUCAUAAUCCAUGGAAAACACUUUCCAUACAAGGCAUCCUUUGCUAAUGAUGGUGCAUUGCAUCACAUCUGUGUUACAUGGAGUCGGAUGAAAAAUCACUGGGCUAUCUAUGUGGACGGAGACAGGAAAGACACAGGCUCUGGUACAGACAUGGACAGGGAUAUACACGGGGAUGGUAUUCUUAUCCUGGGUCAGGACCAAGACUCAUUUGGAGGAAAUUUCACAGAACCCUUUUUUGGGAACAUCACUGACCUGAAUGUAUGGAACGCUUCUUUGGAGACGAGGCAUGUCCGUGCCUUGAAUUUGUGUUCGGCCACAAUACGGGAAAAACUUUUCAGCUGGAACCUCAGCCUCAUAGACAGCCAUCAUGUGGUCAAAAAGGUGAAGGCCCCGUUGUUCUGUCCAGCAGCGCUCCAGCAGAUGGAGCUCCAGGGCUGCAGGACGUUGCAGGGCUGGUCGGAUCAGCUGCCAUCCUUCAGCUGGACGGACUGCUCUGAUCUUCUGCCUUUUAUCUGCAGGAGCAGCCGAGAGCGGUACCACAGGAUGGAGCAGAUCAGUAAGUCUCAGAGCAGCCAGCCCUCUGCCUUCAUGAACCAACUGAUGAAGCUUUCCAACAAGAGCCAGUCUGAGCUGGUGCUGGUGCAGCAGCCAUCAGGGCUGGACAGCCUGGCACAGGCUGCGGCCCUGCUCAACGCCUCCAUCCAGGCCAUGGAAGACACGCAGCAGGACGGCCUGCAGCCAGCCGACAUGGUGACGCUCAUCCAGCUGCUGACACUCACUGCUGACGUCUCCUCUGAACCAUCAGUCAGCGCUGAAAACAGUAGCCGUGACAACAUCCAGGAGCUCAGUCAGCACUUCAUCAGUGUGGCUGACAGCAUCAUCAGUGAAGACAACGCAGACAAGUGGCAAGCUAUCAAAGAGGUGGUGAACGGUCCCAUGGAUGUUGUGAAGAGCGUGGACCGGAUGGUGACCCGCUUCAGCCCAAGUUUGACAGCAGAGACUGACCAUGUGACCAUUCACACUCCCAAUAUCAAAGUGGAGCUGCAGCAACAAAGACUGGGUGAAGGGUCUAGAGUGGAGAGUUUCUGUGGGCCUGGGUCAGAGACGCUGAGCCUUAUAGACUGCAUUUCUGUUCCACGUCAGAAGAUACAGGAUCUGCAGAACAAUGGCUUCUAUAAGAUUACCUUGGUCAACAUGUGGUAUGGCUCUCUGCGACCUCUUUUCAAUCCAGAAGAGAACAUCACCAUGGAGCCUACGAUCACUGACGGCACACAAAGGUAUCUGGGCACUGUGCUGGGCUCAGCUGUUAUAUCCUCCACUGUGCUGGGAGACGACCAGCCAAUCAGCAUGGCGGUUCACUUCCAGCUCCAGCACAAAGCGCAGAAUUCCAUUGAUUCUGUGUAUGAUCCUGUGUGUGCAUUCUGGGACUUUGAUCUCACUCCGGAGGCUGGUGGAUGGUGGAAUACAAGAGGCUGUGAGCUUGUGUCCAAACAUUAUGGAUACACCGUGUGCUACUGCAAUCACACCACCAAUUUUGCUGUGCUGCUGCAGGUUUACGAAACUCAGACAAGCCCAGAAAAUGAAAAAGCUCUGCAGGUGUUGACGUUCAUUGGCUGUGGAGUGUCUCUGUGUGGCCUCCUCUUCACCUUCAUCCUCUUCAUUGCUGUGGGAGUCCCCAAAUCAGACCGAACCACUGUCCAUAAGAACCUGAUAGCUGCUCUGGGCCUUGCUGAGCUUCUGCUGAUGUGCAGCGACUGGGCCGCAGAAAAUCAGGCAGCAUGUUUCAUGGUGACUGCUCUGCUUCAUCUCUUCUUCAUGGCGUCCUUCUGCUGGAUGCUGGUUGAGGGUCUUCUUCUUUGGAGCAAAGUGGUUUCUGUUAACGUCAGCGAGGACUGCAGGAUGAAGCUCUACUAUGUCAUAGGCUGGGGACUACCUGUUCUGAUAGUUGGUCUAACAUUGGUGAUAUCAAGGGGAAAAUACAAGUCACAUGAUCACUGCUGGCUCAGUGUGCAAACUGACACCAUCUGGGCCUUUGUGGGACCAGUCAUAUUGGUCUUGACGGUCAAUGCAGUUGUGCUGUGCCGCGUUGUCAUGGUGACCGUUUCCAGCGCUCAUCGCCGCGCUAAGAUGCUCAGUCCAAGCUUUGCAUCGAAAAUGCAGACCUUUGACCUCACCUGGGCAGUGACCCGUCCAAUUCUCAUCCUGCUGCCGGUUCUGGGUCUGACGUGGAUGUGUGGCGUGCUGGUCCAUCUGUCUGUGGUCGUCAGCUACAUCUUCAUCAUCCUCAAUUCCUUUCAAGGCCUGUAUAUCUUCUUAGUGUAUGCUGUUUACAACAGUGAGGUGAGGAAUGCCAUAAAGAGGAUCAAAGAAAAGAGAAAGGCUCUGUCUUUCACGAACUGCUCCCAGCCUACCAGCUUCCUUCCCUCCCAAAGGGCUCCAAAAACCUCCUGGAGUCGGAGCCCCCCAACCUCCUCCAGCCCAGAAACAAGUGACACCUCAGGACCCCUCAGCUCCACUUCCACAUCACUGGUCAUCAAGAACGAGAGUUUUGAAAAGGAAAGCUUUGUCAGUUUCUCUUUGAGACGUGCAUCAGGAAACCAAGUGGUGCAGCUGACUCGGUUUAAGCCAUCAGGUUGUUGAGCUGCAGAUGGGGAGGCUCGUCUCUGUAUGCUACACACACACACACACACACACACACACACACACACACAGGAUAGAGAGCAAGAGGACAAGAAUAGAAAAAGGAAACUCCACCUUCUCCCAUAGUCAUCUACUCAGCUGAACCCAUCAGCUCAUCAAAUUCCUAAUAACUCACUUAUGUAAUAGUUUACAUUUCUUGUGUGUAGCUCAAGUAGUGAUGAGACUUAAACUCUCAUUGAUGAGUUUGAUUCAUCUUCCCAACGUUCCGAAACACAACAUUUUUCACAUUCUUCAGAUGAAGACAGGAACGUCUGGAAACUGUAAGCAGAACCAGGAUUUGGCUCAUCCAUCCCGUAACCCGGCAGUGUGGACCUGGACUGACUCACCACUAACUCACUUUAAAGCGUUUUUAUAGUUUAACGUUUGUGUUUCUACUUGACACAAUUUCCUGUGGUCUAAAGAGACAGAACCCAGGUGUGUGAGUAGUCAUUAUCUUACCAGCAGUCAGAGUUGACCUAGUUACACUUCCAAUCAGAAGUUUACAUACACUAAUCCUCAGGGUCGACAGCAGCGUUUCCAUUGACCAUGUAAUUGUGGAAUUUGAUAUUUCAAAACUGCAAUAGUUUUGUGAAAUAAAUCAUGUGACUCAGCUGGCAUCAAGUCACAUGCCUGGCAUCAGUCGAGUCACAUGAUCAACAACAAUGAAGAACAAGGUGACAGGAAGCAGUUAGACAGUGUUUUAAUGACUGAUUGUGUUAUUCACAUGUGAUUUUAAUUGCUUUUCUUAUUUAAUAGAAAUGCCACCAUUUUGAAAUUGCAUUUUUUUCAACAAGUUUUGCACACAUAUAUAAUGGAAACAGAGCUAGAGCAACAUAAACUACCAAUUUUUAUCUCAUUUGCAAAUUAUAAAUAAAUCACACACAUUCUGGACCCGUCUUUACUCCAAAACCAGUUUCCAGUUCUGUUUGGAAUCAUCAUCCUGCCUGAACCUUCAGUUGGUUCUCUUGUUUAAAGUUUUUCGAUGUUUAUUGGAGAUGUAGUUGAGGAAUUUGAAGAUAGUUCUUCAUCCUUCUUCUUCCACCUGCUUUGUUUGACACAUUAGUAACACUGGCACUAAAAGGACCUUCAGUAUGAUGCCACCAACACUUUGUUCAAAAGCUGGUGCAAUGUUCUCUGGUUUAAGACGUCCAGCUCGUCUCAUCCAUUCCUAUUUCUUGUUUGUUAUAUCCAGACCAUUAAAUCUUUGUCUUGUCUGAAUGAACUUUGACCUGCCCAAGAGCUGAAAAUUUCACUAGAAAGUGAAAGAGGGACAUUUUACUUCUCAGUUCAUGUCGAUGUUCCACACUGCAGACAAUGUGUUAUCUUCCAUUCUAUAAUAUCCUUGAUUCUUUAUAAUUUCUUGGUUGUUUCCAAAAAAUCCAAAACAUUAUUCUAAUGUAUGAAACAUGAAUCAGAGAAACACUGCAUAAAACUCAGGCUUGUUCACACAGUUAUUCUUUCUCAAUUAAAUUAAGGGUUUUUGCCAACUAAUUGUUCCACUUUGAAAAAGGAACAGUUGGAAUUCGUGAUUAAAAGCUCAAUUAGUAUUAUCUUGAUUCUGAUGAUGAGUGUAUGUGAGCUUUUCACUAGCACUGUAAACAUAUUACCAUGUAGUCUUAACCAGCAAGUCUUUCAUUUAUCAGCUCUACAUGAGUUUCUCACUGCUUCAUGUGUUUGGGGGGGAUACUGUCUACACACUCUGUAUGACGUAUUGAUGAAACGACCGAACAGUAACCUGUCUGAGAGCUUGUGUUGACAAACAUCAAAAUGUAAUGAAAGAUGUUGAAAUAAAGUACGGAGCAGUUAGCUGACGAGCUAACACCCCUCUACAGUUCCUCUGUUA